UCAGUUUCGCUUGGUCCCGCGGUCGAUGCCGGCGAGGGGGGAUGGGCGCCUCUCGAAUGCAAAGAUCCGAGACGGAAUCAGAUCUCUGUUACAUAUACAGCAGUACCCCAAUAAAAAAAUAGCAAUUGCACAUUUACGCUACCUUUAAAUAAAAAAACCUAAUUCACCUGGAUAUAUGGCAGAAACCCAAUGGAUGUAGUGCACUUGGAGGAAACGGGGGAUUUACCUUUCCCUUUAUUUGUGGGAGAAGAGGAGAAGUUUGUUUCCUACCACUGGAGAGGGAGCUACUUUUAAGGCCAAAGGAUACAGGAGACACCGCGGCCGACGGACGGGCCUACUGGUUUGAUUGGAUUUGAUGUGGGGCUACUCCAAGGAAUUAUAUGAAUUUGCCGCAUUGGUGCAUGUUUAUUAUGCAACUUUAGGUCCCCCAUGACCGUAAGCCGAGGGCUACGGCUCAGCGGCUUUCCACCAUUGGACUGGUUUGCCACUGCAGUUGGAGCCCUGUGAUUUGUCUCCCCACGUCCCCCUCCCCUCCCCUUACCCCCCACGAUUCCAUCCUGUCCCUCCCCUCCCCCCCUCCCCUCCCCCUUCCCCCUCUUCCCCUUUCUCCCAAGUGUGGCUGUGCUGGACGUCAUGAGCAUAGUAAUCGCUCUGGGAGUCACCACACCUGAAGCGUCUUACACAGAAAUGGCUGCUGGAUCAGACCCUGAAUCCGUUGAAGCAAGCCCUGCAGUUAAUGAGAAAAACUUCAACAAUCACAGUUGUGGAAGUGCACAAAGUCAUGGCUAUCGGGGGCUCCCCUAUGCUAAGCAACAGUCUUCCGUUGUGUGUUGUCAGGAUCACAACUAUGGUGCACCCCCCCCUCCUACCCCACCCGCUUCCCCGCUCUCUCAAACCAUCAUCCCUCGAAUGGAUCUUAAUGGCGUGGUACGCAGUUCCCGCUAUAUUCAAACAACAGACGACAACUCGGCAGACAGCGAUAGCUCCUCGGGAGAGGAUGGGGCUAUAGCCAGCUGGUGUCACUGCACGCUGAUGCCAGACGGCUUACUCAUUAAAUGUGACAACUGCAGAGGAUCUGAUGGCAGGAAAGGAACCGAUGGCCAGCACAGGAAAAAUGAAAAUAUAUCAGCUGGAGAGAGCAGCGGGACAGAGAGUGGUGAUGAAGAAGUGUCACCUUCCACGGUCUCUUACACUGCCACCCAGCAUACACCCACCAGCAUCAAACUCACAGUCAACAGAGUCAAAAGAAGCAAAUCGAAAAAGAGGAAAAAAAGCACAGAAAAAGCUGGAGGAACACCAAAGGGCAAGAAAGUUAAAGCUUUUCGAGAGGGUUCUCGGAAGUCUAUGAGGAUGAAGAACUCGACAACGGAGGCCAGUGUGCUAGAUGAGAACACAGAAGAGGGAUGGGAGAAGAGAAUCCGACAGUGGACGGACCAAUAUGAGGAGGCCUCUGCCAACCAGUACAGUGCAGACAUCCAAACGCUGCUACAGCUUCACCGCACUGCUAGCACAACUGUUGGAAACACAGAAAGUGAACCCAUGAGCCUUCCAUCCACCGCACAGACAUCACUUGACGCCAUGGACACCAUCAAUCUCACCGAGCUGGCCUGUAACAACACUGUGCUCGGAUCUCAGAUGCAGCUGCAAUUAGGACGUGUAACACGUGUUCAGAAACACAGGAAGAUACUUCGUGCCGCUAAGACUCUUGACCCUGACAUCCUCAUCAUUGAGUAUCGAGGGAAGGUCAUGCUAAAGCAGCAGUUUGAGGUCAAUGGGCACUUUUUUAAAAAGCCCUACCCUUUUGUAUUGUUUUACUCCAAGUUUAAUGAAAUAGAGAUUUGUGUGGAUGCAAGGACCUUUGGAAAUGAUGCGCGCUUCAUUAGAAGGUCCUGCACACCCAACGCCGAGGUGCGACAUAUGAUUGCUGAGGGUAUGAUACAUCUGUGUAUAUAUGCAAGCAGUCAAAUUACAAAGGAUGCCGAGGUCACAAUUGGAUUUGAUUACGAGUUCAACAGCUGUAAUUACAAAGUGGACUGCGCGUGCCAUAAGGGAAACCAGAAUUGCCCUGUACAAAAACACAACAUGAGCCCCAGGGAAAGCUUGCCGAACUCCCCCUCAAUUCCACCGCCCUCUUUGGUUGGUGCUGAGACACGGCAGAGAAAGGCCCGCAGAAAAGAGCUAGAAGUUUGUACAGAUGGCAAACAGGUUAAGCAGCCCCUAGAGGUCAAAGAGCUGCAAGGACACAGUGAUGCAGAGGGGCCUCUGGAUGAGUUGAAGCUGGAAGAAACUGAGGAAGGGGAGGUGGAUGAUAAUGGAAUUGUCAUGUCCAAUAAAAAAUCACUGAACAAUCUGGAAAAGAGGCGAAGAAAGGCAGGAUCAGAUGUAAACGAGGACGGUUUAGAAACAGAAGAGGGGACAAGGACUGUUCCCAUAUCUCAUAACACAGGGGUAGGCGUUAGCACACGGCGUACUUCCUAUUCCACGGAUACAUUGGCUAUUGAAGAAAAGACCUCAUUACCAAGUCUGCCUGCCCCGGUUGCCCCUCCCAAACCUGCGCGCUCUUCAAAGCCUCGUCCCAAGAGCCGAAUGUCCCGGUACCGCUCCAACUCAUCCCAACGUGCCAGGCGGCAGCGUCAAGCGCUCGCCCAGCAAGCCGCUGCGGCUGCUGCUGCGACGGCAGCUGCAGCUCCCUUAGCCGAGCAAAGUGCCGGUCUUGACGAGGAGGGUUCUCAUGGCCUGUACGGUUCGGUGCUGGGCCAGGUGGAGAGUGCACCGGCGACGGGUCAUCUCUUAGAUGGAGAUGGACAAAAUCUUAACUGCAUGAACAGAGGCAACUUGCGUUACCCCAAGACCAAGAAGUACCUAGUUUCCGAGUGGCUGAAUGAAAAGAUGCCAGGAGCAGAGAAGUUUCAACAAGAGCUGCCGGUUGAGCGGCCACUGCGGAUAACCACCGAUCCAACGGUGCUGGCCACCACCCUCAACAUGUUGCCAGGCCUUUCACACUCAUCUGUUAUCUGCACGACACCCAGACACUAUGUUCGCUUUGGCUCUCCUUUUAAUCCUGAGAGACGCCGGCCACGUCCACUUCAGAUGGACGGCACAUAUGGCUGCUUUAAAAAGAGAUGGAUAAAGCAGGUGGAGGAUGAGAGCUGUUCAGCCAGUGUGGUGGAUGGCACAGAGUCUACCUCCUCGCAGCAAAGCACCAGCAGCAGAUCCACCCCCAAUCCCUUGUCUAGUGAAUUGAAUGCACCUUUCAAGAAGCGCCAUGCCAAGUAUAUGACAGAAACCAUGCUAAUAUCCUCAGACCACUUACUUCGCCCAUUGUCACCCAUCACGCCUCCACUUCCUGAAGACCCCUUACUUCCACUGCUUCAUAAUCCAUGUAGCUCUGUGCUAUCGAAUGGACUUGCAUACUCACCAGUGCCCUCACUGCCGGUCAGCCGCUGUAACACCCCGCUGCAAUUUGAAAAUAUCUCAUCCCCUGAGGUCUCACCUGUUCACCGGCCAGAGUCCAUCUCUCCUGAGCCAUGUCUUCAGACAGACUUCGACAUCCCUCGGACCCAGUUCCCGGAUCUUUCAUUGUCCUGUACCACGGAGAGCCCUAUGGCAGUGGCCACAGAUGACUUUUCCGUUCCUGGAACUCCUUCAAGCAAUGAUUUCCAAGACCCAUCCUCUGGGGGAAUCAGUUCCUUAAAGCCAGUGUCAAGUUCAACCUCAGACCAAACCCCACAAACGAGGGAUCAUGCCUUCAGGACAGAGUUCAACCUCAUAUACACCUGCUCCCCCCUCAAUGCAAACUUGGGAAACACUGACCGACGCCUCUCUUUGUCAGAAGGAGGGUUCUCCCCUGCAGAGUCUGUACAUAAUUCCUUGAGUGGCCAGGGGCUGUUUGGGGAUGUAGGGCCUGGAUGUAUGUCACCAUACAGUGAUCUUCAGUAUGGUGGUGGCUACCCAGAAAGGAGCACAUCCCCGCAUACCAGCAACCCACCACAAAAAAAGAAGAGGGCCAACCAUCAUACCAUUAGUCUGCUGACAGGGAAGCCAGAUUACCAGGCUAUAGCUGUAAGAAGUGAAUACAAGGCAGUACAAAAUAUGGUGUCAUUGUUGGAGUACCGUAAGAGGAAACAAGUUAGCGGCCGUGACCCUGACACAUCUAGCUGCAGUUCAUCCCUGGGUAGCACCCCUACUGGACCUAGUUCUCACCACAUGCAGGAAACCCACCUUCCCCAUUACAUGAUGCGUGCUCUCGCCUCACCACGCAAUUGCGGGUCAUCAUCAGGACGCAGCGGCUCCAACCCUCAGAUAGAAGAGGUCAGUCCUCCGGAACAGCAGGGCUCAUCCGCGCAGGCGAGACAUCCAGAUAGGACUACCCAGUGGAUGGUCCCUACCAGUGUUGAACGUCUACGUGAAGGUCAAGGGACACUGGAGCGAGUGCUGAGAAGCAUGAAGAUAGAGCAAAUGACCAAGAGAAGCAGCAUUUCUACAGAGAAAGAAUCUGAUCCAGAUCAGUAUGACAUGCAGUCAAUGAACAUUCCUUCACCACUGAAGAGCCCUCAACACAGAUACAGUCCAUCAAUGUAUUCACAUCAGUCAUCAGAGGGACACCUGCAGACCAACAGCCCCUCGUUGCUUCAGCAACCUUCCACCUCGCCAUUUAGAAGUUGCUACAGCCACCCGUCAGGCAAGAGCUACUACUACUUCCCCUCCUCCUCCCAUACAGGCCCAUCUCAGGACCACCCUUCAUCUACCUAUCCCGCUCAUUCCCCAGCAACCUCAUCAGACUCCAAGCUUUCAGGAGACUUGCUACAGAUGCAGAGUAGCAACAACGACGCAGAUGGACCCUUCAGUUGCAAUAGCCACCCAAAAGUGGGCCAUUUGAACAGGGGCAACCUGGCCGCGUCUCCCGCCACGGGGCAGUGGGCUCACGGGCUUACGAACACGGACGCGAGCUCCGCGGCGACCAGGGGGAAUCAACAGCAGGUUUCUCGAAACGUCAAGUCGGGCACCCCAAGCUCGAGACUGCUGUCGGUCUCCGGACAAACAAACUACCCGCAGCGAGGGACGAGCCUCGGUCAGUUACAGCACUCUCCACUACAGGGCCCGGGCGUACGGACUCAGUCGGGAAGCUUUUAGGACCUCGUGUGUACAAGCUUGUGCUCAUCCGUAAGGUUGUAUGCGGCACAGGUACUUUGGCGGGGAGAACUGUAAAAACCUAGGAGGAGCAAGGACUGGUUUACAAAUUUACAGACUUUUUUUUUUUUUUUUUGGUUUCUACUCCCACACCCCCAAAACAACAAAAUAAAUCCACCUUCUACACGAAACCAGACUUUUGAUAUCAUCUUGGAAUCGGUGAACAAUUUAUAAUUAGUUAAGUAUUCAACUCAUAUCCAACUUGAAAUGGGCCUCAGUGUUUCCUUGUGCGGGAAUUUCACAGACCUCCACACAAAUGCCUGUACAAAAUCGGUAGGAACACAACUGUCUUUGUAUCAAGGUUGUUGAAAUACUUGAGGCUUGCAUAACAGAAUGAGUUAAAAACAUUUUUUUUUUUUUUUUUAAAUCUUAAUUUUUACACCCCCCUCCCACCACCACCAAAAAAAAAAUUUUUUUUUUGACAAAAAACUGCAUCUCUGCUGCAGUACUUCGGGGUUGGUGUUGAAAAUGGAGAAUACAGUGACAGGAAUACGAUCUGAGGAUCGGGUCAGCCAAUAUUACAAGCUUUUGUUUUGAUGCCCCAACAGACCUUUGUUGUUCCAUGCUUUUCCACCUUUCAUGUCAUUUUUUUCAUACCAAUAGGUUAAUCAUGUUAAUUCGAUAUUUCAUUGUAGACAUUUGGUGUUGUACAAGAGCCACCUUAGGAUUUAUUCGUGCUGCAUUCUCGCCGCAUCCCAAUAAAUUUGGAAUCCUGACAAAGGA